AUGGAUUACGGUGGCUACUUCACUCAGCAUGCGUCUGCAAUUGACGGCUCAGUGACGAAUCCUUUUCAACUGAACUCCAAUUUUAACCUGAACAAUAGCACUGGAUACGCGAACGGUGCUCAGAGCCAAAUCUACAGCCAGUACACCAAUCCUUACUUAACUGGCAAUCGAUCUCUACAACCAACGUCGGCCACACAGCAGGGCGCCUAUCGUCAAUCCACCCAUGACUCGCUGCAGGCAUUUUUCAACACAGGCCUCCAAUAUCAACUCUACCACAAGUCUUCGCUCAUGGGAGCGGCCGAAGGAAGGGGAGCAGCUAAUGGAAUUAUGGCAAGCAUACCUGGAUCUUCACUUGUUGGUGCGUUGUGCGGUAAUCCGACGGAACGUCGUAAACAGCGUCGGAUUCGUACAACAUUCACAUCAGGCCAACUGAAAGAAUUGGAGCGCAGUUUUCUUGAGAGUCACUACCCAGAUAUUUAUACACGCGAGGACAUCGCUAUGCGGAUUGACCUCACAGAAGCGAGGGUUCAGGUGUGGUUCCAAAAUCGACGUGCCAAAUAUAGGAAGCAAGAAAAACAACGACGAGCCAAAGAAGAAGGCGAGAACUCGGCGAAGAAGUCGGAAACCGAUGGCAAAAUUCCUACUAGCGAUCUCUCCGAUGUAGCAGACCAUUAG